AUGUUUCGUCUUACUUCUCUAGCUGGUGCCCUUCUGGUCGCGGUAUCCAAUGCUGCAUCAUCUGCUCCCACCGCUGUUCCCACUGAUGCACCUAUCCCAGGUGAUUAUACCGGAGCAUUAAGACCUCAGAUUCAUUAUUCGCCACCUAAAGAUUUCAUGAAUGAUCCAAACGGACUGUUCAGAGAUGCAGAUGGAGUUUAUCACGUCUACUAUCAAUACAACCCAACGGCAACUGUAGCAGGAAACCAACAUUGGGGUCAUGCAACAUCAAAGGACCUCUAUCACUGGGACAAUCAAAAGAUCGCACUCUUCCCUGAGAAUGACAGCGAAGGAAUUUUCAGUGGAAGUGCAAUCGUUGAUGUAAACAACACAUCCGGUUUCUUCCCCAACCAAACCAACGGUGUAGUUGCAAUCUACACUCUCAACACUCCUGAGUCGGAAACUCAAAACAUCGCCUACUCCUUCGAUGGUGGUUACACCUUUGAGAAGUAUGCCGAGAACCCCGUCAUCCCAUCUACCUCUACCCAAUUUCGUGACCCUCAAGUCACAUGGUUCGAAGAUCAUUGGGUCAUGGUAGUCGCCUAUUCCCGCGCCUUUGAGAUCGGUAUCUUCACCUCCCCUGAUCUUAAAGAAUGGACUGCCACCUCCAAUUUCAGUCAUCACGGUCUGCUUGGUUUACAAUACGAGUGUCCAAAUCUGAUCCCCAUUCCCGUCGCCGACGGUAACGGUGAUGAAAACCUGCAUCUCUUAAUCAUCUCCAUCAAUCCAGGUGCUCCUCUUGGUGGUUCCACCACCCAGUACUUCCCCGGUACAUUCAACGGAACCCAUUUCACCCCACUCGAUUCCGCGACCCGCCUCUUAGACUUUGCAAAGGACAACUACGCCGGUCAAUUUUUCAACGGGAUUCCUGCAGAUGAAGACCCGGUUUUCUUGGGUUGGGCUAGCAACUGGGAAUAUGGACAACAAGUACCCACCGGAGAACUCGAGGGAUGGCGCAGUUCCAUGACCCUACCCCGCCGUACCCAUCUCGCAAACGUAACCCGCACAGGCUGGGCCCUAAUCUCAUACCCCUAUGACAUGACCCCUCUCUACAACGAGAGCGCACCACUCGCCUCCAACGACAACCUCGGAAACGGUAGCCUCAUCGUCGACUACUCCUCCGUCUCCAGCGGCGCCAUCUACAUCUCCUGCAAGGUCCACAGCAUGCCCAACAACACCCUCGCCCAAGGAACCCUCAACUUCACCUUCUUCUCCUCCACCACCCGCGAAUCCGUCUCCGGCGGCAUAUUCCUCGGCGGCGACGCCCCCGUCUGGCUCUCCCGCCGCAAUUUCAACGGAUUCGCCGAAACAAACCCCUUCUUCACCGAUCGUUUCUCCGUCGGAAACACCAUCAACGACCAAGGAACCUUCCAAUUCGACGUCGUGAUCGAUCGAUCCAUCCUCGAGGUAUUCGUCGACGGUGGCCGAAGCAGCGGCACCAUUACCUUUUUCCCCGAAGGCAUUUUAGAUACCGUGGAAGUGAGAGCUGGAGAUCUUAACGUAGGCGUCGUUGUUGAUGCUAAGAUUUAUGGUUUGGAUGGUGCGUGGAGUGAUAUGGCUAGUGCUGAUGGUAUUGUUUAUGGUAAUGUGACGACGACGACGACGGCCGCCAACUAA